CUUUUAUCACAGUUUAUUUCUCCAUACACUGGUCACAUAUUUGGUCAUCAUAUAACAGGGUUAUGUGCAAAGAAACAAAAUGAAAUGUCAAAAGCUAUUAAAAGAGCCCAAUGCGCGGGAUUUAUGUCGAUUAUGCAUAAGGACCCAAAGUUUCGCAACGACCCCAAAAUAUGUAAUAUUAAAUAUCCAGAAUAAAUUGUAUCAAUUAUGCCUAGCCCAUUUUUUUAAUUAGAAUGUUAAUAAAUGAGCUUAUCAAUA